AUGGUGUCAUCAUCCCCUAAUCAUGACAGUACCCUAGUAAAUUCAGGGAGAAGAAAUAGAACAAAUGAGCCGAUACUGAAGCCUAAGUGUGUGCUUGACUAUAAUAACGUGAAGAAGGGAGUUGACUACAGUGAUCAGAUGUCGUCAUACUACACAACGUUACGAAGAAAUCUCAAGUGGUAUAAAAAAGUUGCCCUUGAGCUCAUCACGGGAACCACAUUGGUGAACUCGUGGGUUAUUUACGGGAAGCUGAACAACGACAAAAUGCCUAUGCUUAAGUUUAGGGAAUCAGUUGCUUUAAGCCUAAUGGGCCUGGACGAGGCUCCUGUAAGACAUAUGACACCACCACAAAGAAAGAGGCCAGCUCAUUCUCUCUGCAAAUCAGAGGGUGAGGGAAAGAAGAAAAGGCGUCAUUGCAGAGGAUGCUAUGAGAAACUAAGGAAAACAUCCUCUUCAAGAGAGGCUGAUAAGAAAACCAAAACAGUGAACACCUUCUGCAAAGACUGUCCAGACCAACCCUUUUUUUGCCUGGAAUGUUUCAACAAGAAACAUGUGUAA